UGCGAAAUGCGGUCAAGUUGCUUCAAGCCACGUAUGUCGUCAUUUCCGCCAGUUUUCAAAAUGGACCCGAGCGGAAUGAAGAUGAGUUUUUGGGAGAACGGACCUAAACCCGGUCAAUUUUAUUCCUUUCCCGGUAACAGUAACCCCACAGUUCCUGGAUGUGGACCCGUAAGACACACACUUAACCCCAUGGUAACGGGUACGUCUGUACUGGGCGUCAAGUUUACCGGCGGCGUCAUCAUCGCGGCGGACAUGCUCGGCUCCUACGGGUCCCUGGCCCGCUUCCGCAACAUCUCGCGUCUCAUGAAGGUCAACGAAAACACCAUCCUGGGCGCCUCCGGGGACUACGCCGACUACCAGUACCUCAAACAGAUCAUCGAGCAGAUGGUGAUCGACGAGGAGCUGCUGGGCGACGGGCACAGCUACAGCCCCAAAGCCAUCCACUCCUGGCUCACCCGCGUGAUGUACAACCGCCGCAGCAAGAUGAACCCGCUGUGGAACACGGUCGUCAUCGGAGGCUUCUACAACGGCGAGAGUUUCCUGGGUUAUGUGGACAAGCUGGGCGUGGCCUAUGAGGCUCCUACAGUGGCCACAGGGUUCGGGGCCUACCUGGCACAGCCGCUCAUGAGGGAGGUGGUGGAGAACAAGGUGGAGAUCACUAAGGCGGAGGCGCAGGCCCUGGUGGAGCGCUGCCUCAAAGUGUUGUACUACCGCGACGCCCGCUCCUACAACCGGCACGAGAUCGCCAUCGUAACGGAAGAGGGCGUGGAGAUCGUGGGGCCCCUGUCUUCUGAGACGAACUGGGAGAUCGCCAACAUGGUCAGUGGCUUCGAGUGAUUCAGCGCUGUUCCAGUGUCCCGACCAUCACAACCCCUCCCCGGAAAAACAGUCAUCCAUUUCUCUGUCUGUCUACCACGAUCUGAUCUUAGCAACACUCUGUAACCAAUUUAGUUUGUUUUUUUUGUAAAAGGAAAAUAAAGAUGUAAAAUCCA